AUGUGGCCCACAGGCCUUGUUUCGUCGUCUGUGCCACCGUAUAUUCUGACCGUCGAAGCGGUGUAUUUGGACGACAUCCUGGUUACCGGCACCUACGACGGGGACCAGCUGCAGAACCUGCACAACGUCCUGGCACGAUUGCAGGACGCCGGUCUCAAGCUCAAGCUGGAAAUGUUCGUUUUCCAGUCCCCCAGUGUUGAGUACCUGGGACAGGUCAUGUCCCAGGCCGGCCUGUCCCCGGCCCCCCGCAAGGUUGAUGCUAUAGUCAAGGUGCCAAAGCCCCACAACAAGGAGCUUAAGAGCUACCUCGGCCUCAUCAAGUUCUACAGGAGUUUCCUGCCGAACCUGCCAGCACAUCUACAGCCCUCAAUCUUCUGCUUCGUGAUGCUACCGGCUGGGUACCGUCCAGGAAAGAAUCUGCGACCUGCUGAUGCCCUGAGCCUCCUGCCCCUGCCGGAGGUGCCUGCUACUGCUCCAGAGCCUGCUGAACUGUUCAUGCUGGAGCACGCGUACCCGGAGGUACUCUCCAGAUCUGCAGUGUCACAGGCGACCAGCCAUGACCCAGUCCUGUCCCGGGUGGUCAAGGGGAUGUCCUCAGGGGAGGAGUUGGUGCAGCAGGAUUACAGCCACAAGGCUGCUGAGUUGUACCUGCAGCAGGACUGCCUACUGUGGGGUUCCAGGGUGGUGAUCCCACAAAGUAUCCGGUCCAGGGUCCUUCAGUUGCUGCACGCGGGUCAUCCUGGUGUGGAAAAGACAAAGAUGGAGGCCCGGCCCCACGUUUGGUGA